CUCUGUUCUUGCAUCCACUUCUUUCUUUUUCACUAUCUUCCAUUGUUUGUGAACAGCCACAAAAUCUUGCAGAAAUCUUUGAUCAAGGAUGGCAAGGCUUUUCAUUAGAUUAGAUACUACUCCAGAGGCAACUUUCUAUUGCUGCAAAAGAUGCAUAAGAAACCACAUCGCAAGGGGCAGCGACUACAUUAGUAGAGAUGCUUCAAGAGCCUUGUUCAAAGACGUGGUCAAUGUUAAAACCGCAAACCCCAAAGAUUAUUGGCAGAAGGAAGGCUGUACCCUGUCAAAUGUGUUCUGUCUGCAUUGUGAUGAGGACUUGGGCUUUACAAUUGUUUCAUCACCCCUUAAUAAAGACAUAGAAGGAAGAGUUGUACUCAAUCUGAAUGGCCUGGUGUUUUGGAACACUAAGCCCUAUAAUCCACAUCUCGUGCUGCCAGAUGCAAAGAGCAAAAACUUAUCUGAAUUUGAUUACACUACAGUUCUUUAUUUCUAUGUCUGCCGUAAAUGCUAUGCACAUAUUGCCAGCAGUGAAGAAUUCAUUGCGAAAAGAGAUAACUUGGCCUGGUUCAAGGAUGCUGUAAACUGGCGAACCAAAGACUCAGAACCUUAUUGCGAGAAUCGGAGUGCCUCCUAUACAUACACAAUGGCAAACGUAUACUGUACCAAAUGCAGCUCAUUUUUGGGCAGGAGAAUUGUCGGUUUGAAAUCUCCAGACUCACCUCUCAAAGAAGGAAACAUGGUGCUAAAGUUGGAUGUACUGCGGUAUUGGAAUGGAUAUACCAUGUGUGAUGCAGCCGACGACCUAACUCAACCUGCGGACAACGAAGAGAGCCUUAUAUUUUCUUAGAAUGAUACUUCUAUGAAAUCUGAAUUGCAAGAACUGAGAGGAUGAGCAGGGGAAAAUGGAUGUUGUUGUUAGGACUAAGAACACAGGAAAUGUGCAUUGUCAAUGUUAGAAUUGAGAUGGUUAGUAGAGGAAUUGCAAUAUUUGCCAUGGUAUAUAUGGAGUAUUGAAAUUGUAACAAAGAAUACCG